AUGGCUAUGAGGAAGAGAAGUGGAUCAGGGUCUAAAAGACACCUUAAAGAAAAAGUUGUACAAAUUUAUGAAUCAUUCUUCAGAGGAGAAGACUUAACGAGCGAUAACCCUACAUUUUGGGAUGAAUUUUUUCUUCUUAAACCGAAAAUUCCACAAUUAGAGGCUGAAAUACAUAAAUUGUCAGUUGAACAACUUGACAAUAUGAAGGACAAUAUAAAUAUGCUUGUAGCACAAUGUAUUGAAAUGCUUGGGCAAGAACAUCAUAUUAGACUUGUGUAUGCUCUUCAAACAUUCAGUGCACUUUUGACAACAAUGUAUCAACGAGCCUCACAGGACUCCAAUAUAAAUAUUAAGAUGAUUUUACUUGGCAAUGAUGAUUUUAAGAUGCAAAAAUUAUUAGAACACUGCAGUACUGUUUUGUCAGGUGAUGUUCCGGACAGUCUUAAAUCUAUGGUUUUAAAACUACUUCUGGUAAUAGCAACUGGAGUAGAUAACAUUGAUGAUAAUCCACUAAUGGAAUAUUUAAUGUUGCAUUCUUUGUUUGAACCACUUAUUCAACUAUUGUGUACUUCAACCGAGAGGCAGCAACAUGGUUAUGAUGUUGUAUUAUUAUUAAUGUUUUUGGUUAAUUACAAGAAACAUGAGUCGGCUAACCCAUAUGUAGUCAAGUUGUCUAUUCUUGACGAUGAAUUAGCUUUAAAUGGGUAUGGUCAAGUUAUAACGGCCGCUUUAAAUGACUACGUAAUAUCGACGCAAGGCGAAGGAAGUGGAGGUGGCUGGCUGUCUUCUCUCACAAGUAUUAUGGGCGGAAUAUUUCUUACCAGCGAUGACACACAACCAGUGGUUAAAGGUAACAGGAACAGCGGCGGCGAAGAAGGCAUGCUUCUAGCUCUCUAUGAGGCCGCUCACCUAAAUCGAAAUUUUAUGACGACAUUAGCACAUUCAUCGUCAGCCGCAGCCUCGUCUGCGCCGCCCUCCCCGCCCGCCACGUUACCUCCACAUCAGAGCCCGCCGAGCUUAGCGCAGAUACAAGCACUUGAUAACGACCAACCAACUAAUUUGUUGGUGACAUUCUUUCAAUAUUGUUCCAUAGUCAUGGCAGAUACGAAGAGCGAAGCAAGCAUUAACAAAUGUAGUUUGUGUUUCAUCACUCUGACCUGCAUAGUGGAAGAACAGUUCGCUAAUUCGAUAAUGCAUGACCAAAAUCUUACAUUUAAGGUUCAGUUAUACAGACUUCCAAUGCGCCAUAGAAAAAUAGUUCUGGAAGAACCACCGUCUCAGCCGUUAGCUUCUACUUUAAUAGAUCUCCUAGUCGAGUUCAUGAUGUGCCACCUUCUAAAGAAGUUCCCCGGGGAGUUGUACGAGCUAUGCGUGGGCGUGGUGCUGCGGCUGCUGAGCUACCAGAAGCGGUGCCGUGUGCGGCUGGCGCGCGACUGGCGCCCGCUGUGGGCCGCGCUCAUCGCGUUGCUCAAGUUCCUCGCCACCAACGAGAGCGCGCUGCUCAAGAGGCACAACAUCUUCGUCAUGGCACAGCAGGUUGUCAAUAUCUUUAACCUGUUCAUAACAUUCGGCGAUACAUUUCUUCCUACGCCCGCCUCAUACGACCAGCUGUAUUACGAGUUGAUACGAAUGCAUCAGGUGUUCAACGAUCUGUUUAUAAUAGCUUUUCGUUAUUCUACUGGCGACGGGGAGUAUAAAGCAGAUGCUUUGCGAUUAGCCAAUUGCCUGGUUAAUGUCCGUGCGAUCAUACAGCACUUCUCAGCUAAGAUUGAUUCUUGGCUCCAUUCUGAAAAUCUUUCUACACCCACCGAAGAACAGAUUUUAGAAGUGGUGCGCAAUAGCUACGACAGUCUCAUACUGAAGUUACAGGAAGGAUUGGAGGCAUACGAGAGGUAUUCGGAACGACAUUACCGAGCCCUUUUAGUGAAAUUGGUCCGAUCGGCGGCGGCGCGCGCGCGAGCCUCUAGCGACGCAGCCGCGCUGCACCGCCACUCCGCCGCCUUGCUCUCGCACUACACCACGCUCACCUGA